CAGUCUGACAUUAUAAUUGUAAAAGAACAAUGUUGAAGAUCACUCUCUAUUAAUUCUAAGAUGAUGAGAAAAAAAUAAAAUUCUCUGAUUGAUUUGGGUUAAAACAUAUAUACCUAGAGAGAAAUACAGAGAGAGAUGGUGAUUGAGAUUUUUAGGCCUUUCCUUCACAACCAUGUGUUGUCGCUGAGUGAAAAGAAGAGAGAAGAUAAGGUUUUAUGCAAGGGAUGCAAUGAACAUUGCGAUGAAGGUCCGAUCUACAGUUGCAGGAAAUGCGACUUCAACCUGCACGAAUCAUGUGCAAAGCUACCGCAGGAGUUGCACAACCCCCUUCUUCACCCACACCCUCUUUCCCUAGAAUUCGCAGAAUACGGUGGGCUUGGGAGUUACUGUAGAGCUUGUGGCGACGAUACUCUCCGGGCGGGGUUAAUCUUCCGCUGCGACAAGUGCAAGUACUUCAGGGUUCAUGUUAAGUGCGCUUUUAUAAGGCCAGCGAUAGAAGAAGGGGAGGAGGAGGCAGUUGUUGUUGGUACACAUUCUAGCCACCGCCAUCAUCCAUUGCUACCCUUGGAGAACAUACCUGCCCAUCUCAUUAACUGCAGCGUAUGUGGAAAAUACUGCUCGGACCCGAAGACCUAUGGUUGCCUCCCAUGUGGCUUCUUUCUCCAUCCCUCGUGUUUUAAGUUGCCGGAAGAGAUUUUCCAUCCCUUUCAUCCAUACCAUCCUCUCACCCCAAAACGAUUCGAAAUUUCUAAAAGAUUCUCCAUAGAUCACUCCAGAUAUGGAGACUCCAUAAUCAUCAUUAAUCAUGAUGAUAAUGUUAAAUGCAAUGCCUGUCGCGAGGAUAUCCCGUGGGACACAUUCGCCUACGUUUGUGAGUGUAAGAUUAAAUGUAGCUUUUGCUUACAAUGCGCUAGUGUGAUAAUGCCUGCCAUAACAUACCAUGGCCACGAUCACCUUCUACUAUUCAAUGACAAUAUUAGAAAGAUCGAGUGCAGCGCUUGCAACAAAUCCAGUGCUUGUGAAUCAUAUGGCGGUUUCCGUUGUCUGUAUUGUGAUUGCAAUCUCCAUCUUACGUGUGGUCCAUUACCAUCUACCAUUAAACACAAAUCCCACAUACAUCCCCUUAUUCCCACGCAUUCUCUUGCUGAACAUGAAGAUGAGACACAAGAUGAAUUCUACUGCGAUGCUUGUGAGGAAGAAAGAGACCCAUUCUUACCCAUCUAUUCUUGCGCCGAAUGUCAUUUUGUUGCUGAAAUUUCUUGCGUCAUCUCAGAGGUAAAAUCAAGGCUAAAUGGAGAUUAUGGAGAUGUAGAGUUGAGGAAUCCUCUUGGUCAGUUUGGUAAGGUGAUCAUUACCAGAGAUGCGGCAAAAGAGUUUGUGCCAAAGGAAGAUCAAAAUUCGACUUCAACUUGGAGGAAUUAUUUUACUUUUAGUGAGGACGAGAAUAAGGAGCAGAAUCGCAUAGCGGAUAGUAUAAAGGAAGCAACUACUGCUGAAAAGAUAGAAGCUUAUGACCAUGAGGAAAUUAUACUGUUUUCUGAAAAGGCUUAUACACAUUUCAUAGAUUUUCUUAAUCAUUCUCAGGCUUCUCAUAGCAGGUUUCCUUAUUAUUCUCUUAGAAACGAAGAGGUUGUCAAUGUUGGGGAUUACAUGACUACUCGAAAGUUGGCCCCUAUCUUGAACCACUUGCUUUCUAACCAUGGGGAUAUUGGUGCCCAAUCCACGUUAAGUCCCAAGCUGAAAUCGCAUUACUUUUGCAGGUUAUGUGAGUGCAUAGAUCGCAUGAGAAACACCAAAGUUGUGGAUAUCACUGAUGAUAUACUUCUCAACUGGUGGACAUGCUUGAAAACCUUGCAAUUUGCAGGAUUUAAAAUUGAAUUUGUCUUUGAUCGUUUGAAGAGAGUUACACAUGCUCAUUUUGGUCUUUAUGUCGAAAAGCAAGUUGACAGUGUUGUUGAUCAACUCGAUAGAGAUAUUGAAAAGCUUGAGGCACUUACAAGGAAACGUGAGCGCAUAAAAUCUGCAAAAUCUGCAAAAUCUCUGCUAAUUGAGGAAUGUUUGAGAGAGGCUUAUGUACUGAGAAACGGUAAAGCAAUUACGUCUAGGCUACUAUAGAUGUCAACAUUGUUAAACGUCUAUUUCUAUGCAUGUAUGUUUUGGUCUUUUAUAUUAGUUUGUCUUAUGAAUCAAGAAGUUAUAUAGUUGCUA